UCUCUUUUCGAACACCCACCACUCACCCCAAUAAUCAAUCAUCAAUCUUUUCCAGACACUCUCUCUCUCCUCAUUUCGCCUUUCCUCUCUCACACACACAGCACACACACGCACGAAAUCCAUUGUUUUGCUCUCCCAAAACUAUUUGCCCCGCGCCCCUCCCUUUUGUCCUCCCCUCUUUCCUCAAUUCUCGCUCAUCUGUCUCCUCUUUGUAUUGUUCGUUAUCAUCAUUAUUAUCAUAGUUUUUAGAUUCGUUCAUUCGCUAUAAUAAUCACCCUAAAGAGAGCUUACUCCGUGUUUAUUUUGAUCGGUUGUAUCUGGGUUUUGAUCAAUGAGAUCAAUGACGAGUGAUUAUGAGCUCGUGAUUUAGGGUUUGGAUUUAGGGUUUCGACUUUCCGACGAUGUAGUUCGAGGAAAGAAGGCCUUGAUCGAUAACUUUUUGCUUAUUUAUUGAUUCAAUUGUUGGGAGUCCAGCUUUGGCAUUUUUGUUUCGUUGCGUUUGGACGUUUCGUGGCUCGGAUUCGGGAAUUUUUAAAAUCCCGAUUAAGGCCUAGUCGAAUAAUUUCUGGAGUUCAGGUGAAAACUUGGAAUUUGGGUUUUUUCUUAAUCCGGCCAGUUGCCAUGGAUCAUGUCGUGGGUGGAAAAUUUAAGCUUGGGAGGAAAAUUGGGUGUGGUUCAUUUGGUGAACUCUUUUUAGGCGUCAACAUACAGAGUGGAGAAGAAGUAGCCAUCAAGCUGGAAUCAGUGAAGACCAAACACCCUCAGCUUCACUAUGAAUCAAAAAUUUAUAUGCUUCUCCAAGGAGGAACUGGCAUUCCCAACUUGAAAUGGUUUGGAGUUGAGGGCGAAUAUAGUAUUAUGGUGAUAGACCUUCUGGGGCCAAGUCUGGAAGAUCUCUUCAACUAUUGUAACCGGAAGUUUUCUUUGAAAACAGUGUUAAUGCUCGCCGAUCAACUUAUUAAUAGAGUUGAGUACAUGCACUCAAGAGGAUUCCUUCACCGGGAUAUAAAGCCUGAUAAUUUUUUGAUGGGCUUGGGUCGCAAAGCAAAUCAGGUUUAUAUCAUUGACUUUGGUCUUGCCAAAAAGUAUAGGGAUCUUCAGACUCAUAAGCACAUACCCUAUAGGGAAAACAAGAAUCUCACUGGUACGGCUCGCUACGCCAGUGUCAAUACACAUCUUGGGGUUGAACAAAGCCGAAGGGACGACUUGGAAUCUCUGGGUUAUGUCCUAAUGUACUUCCUGAGAGGCAGCCUCCCUUGGCAGGGGUUAAAAGCUGGCACGAAAAAGCAGAAAUAUGACAAGAUCAGUGAGAAAAAAAUGUUAACUCCUAUAGAGGUGCUGUGCAAAUCAUAUCCAUCAGAAUUCAUAUCUUACUUUCACUAUUGUCGGUCAUUGAGAUUCGAUGACAAGCCAGAUUAUUCAUAUUUGAAGAGGCUUUUCCGGGACCUAUUUAUUCGUGAAGGUUACCAAUUUGACUAUGUGUUUGAUUGGACUAUGUUGAAGUAUCCACAAAUUGGUUCAAGUUCCAGAACUAGGAAUCUCACUGGUAAUGCUGUAGCUGGACCCUCUGGUGAAAGACCACCAGGUAGAACAUCAGUAGGGCAAGAUCUUCGGGAUAAAUUCUCAGGUGCAGUCGAAGCUUUCUCUAGAAGAAAUGCUACGAGUACUGGUCGGUAUGGCGAACAGUCUAGACACAGGACAUCUGAAGAUGUACCUUCAUCAAAGGAUGUGCAACCAGAUUCAGAAAAAGGCCGCACUUCGCGAAAUGGCAGCUCUUCAAAGAGAGCAGCCGUUUCAAGCAGCAGACCAAGCUCAUCUGGAGAAGCCAUUGAUGGCCGCACUGGCAGAUUGGUCUCGAGUGGUGGUCGUAUAUCCACCACACAAAGAAUUCAACCUGGUGUUGAGCAUAAACCAUCAGCUUUUUCUCGCACGGCAAAAGGCACUCGCGAUGAUCCCUUACGAAGCUUUGAGUUUCUUUCUAUCAGGAAGUAACAUGAAUGGUCAUUCUGAAAGGUAAUGUGAAGUUGACAAAUGCCGCCUAUUUACGGGACCUUUGCGUUAUCUAACCCUUGUAAAUGUGAAAUGUGUUGUAGACCAUUGUUGUUGAUGCUCAUCAUCCAUCCUCCUCCCAUUUGAGUAUGUUUUUUGUGAAGAGUUAUUUUAUGUUAUAACACAAUGUGUAUGCUCAUCCAAGGAAUUGGUGAGUUCAAUGUGCGGCACUUUUAUAUCUUUACAAGACAAAAUUGUAGCUAUAAUAAACGUUUGUGUACCUCCAUAUACUUGUUUCCAUAUUCUUAUAAUAACCAUUUUGAAUUUCUACUAAAA